UGCAUUUUGUCUGACAUGCGCGUAGCGUGCACGCACGGAGGAGGCGUAACAGUAACACACUAUGCUCAAAUGCUUUCUGACGACUCCAUGAUAACUCGCUCUCGUGUCCUCACUCCCUCCGUGAGAAGACAAAAGUAAACCGGAUUCUUUUUUUUUUUGACUCGUUUGCUCUUGGAAUCCAAACGCGUCAAGUGGAUGAUUUUUGCUGCACUUUUUCCUCUCGCGGGGUUGUUGUUGUUAUGAUUAGAUUUUUCUGAUUGUCGAUCGUCUCCGCCGCCACCCUGAAGUUCAUUGUGAUCAUUUUGGCCGCCGGCAUGGUGGCCUUUAUCGGCGCCGUUAUCUGCAUCAUCGCGGCCGUCCACACCGGAAGCACCAAGGCGGCACGGCAGCAGGCGGCAGCCGACAACCGAUCGCUGUACGCGCACGGCGCGACGCAGCCCCCGGCCGCCAGAGGCUCAGCGUCCAGGACUGGCGCUUUGGGCGCUCUCCAUGGUUCUGAAGUGCCCGAAUCCGAGGCGCCGACCUUCCGCAUCGGGCUCGACGGUCUGGACGGGGUCACUGGACUAACCGGGCACGACCCAGCGGUCAGCCGACUCAUUUGCACGCCGAUCCCCGCCGGAGAGUGCGACCCGAGAAACUUUCAGCAACAAGCGGACGACCCCACGCUGUACGCGGGAGAGGACUGGGGCUACCUCCGCACCACGGCGGACGACCUCCGGCAAACCGUCCUCCAGCAAAAGGAGCAAAUACAAACGGACCAGCGGACCAUCAGGGAGCUGACUGGCAAACUAUCCGAGUGCGAGAGGGGGACGAAGGGUCGCGGCGGCGUCGGAGAGAGACGGAGAGGUGCCGCGGGCAUAUGGGGAGGCAAAAGCCCGGCGGAGCGGAGCAUGGUGCGGGAUAGCCCCGCGUCGGCACCUGACCACGUGCUCACGCUACGGGCUGUGAAUGAGCUGGAGCAGGCCAUCAGUCAGCUCAAAGAGCGCAUUGAGAGACUGGAGGCCGACAUCAAUCUGUUUCCUCACAACCAGACGGACACUGGCGCCUCUGCGCUUGUGGAGGACGACGACAAAUCUUUGAGCCCGCAAAUUUCAGUUGGCCAUGGAGCGGGUGCAGAAAGGCCCUUGACGGUGGAGGACUUGGAAGAGGAGCUUGAAAGGAAGGUGGAGCUGUUGGAGAAAGAGAGAAAAGCCUUGAGGCUGGAAACCCAAAGACACAGACAGGAAAUGGAGCGGGGGAUCGACAAGCUCCACCACCGACUCUCGGGAUUGGAGGAAGCUAAUUACUUUGCAGAGGGCUACAGACUCUCUUUCCCAUCCCGUACUAACUACAUGUACGCCGUGGUGAAACAGUUUAUUCCAAAGUUGUGGGCCUUCACCUUCUGCCUUUGGCUUCGACCCACGGAAGGAGGCAUCGGAACGCCCAUCUCUUAUGCCGUGCCGGAGCAACCUAAUGAAAUGGUGCUACUCCAAGGUCUGCAUACGCCCACUGAACUUCUCAUCAACGACAAGGUGGCCCGACUACCUCUGAACCUGUCUCGCGACAACUGGCAACACGUAUGUGUGAGCUGGAACCAAAAAGGAGGAGCGUGGCAGGCCUACCAGGGGGGCAAGCUGAGAGGAGAAGGCCACGGCCUGGCGGAUGGUCAUAAUAUUAGACCUGGAGGAGUGUUAGUCCUCGGUCAAGAGCAGGAUUCCCUGGGCGGAGGCUUCGAUUCAACUCAAGCUCUAGUCGGAGAGUUGUCCCAGGUGGCUGUGUGGGACCGAGUCCUGUCUGCCGAGCAGGUGGCCGGCUUGGCUCGUUGUGGGACGGUGACCCAGGGCAGCGUGGUUCCUUGGACUGAGCGUGGAGUGGAGGUUUAUGGCGGAGCCACUAAGUACCCGGGGGAGCCUUGUAGUAAACACGGCCGCAGCUCCAAGUGACAGAUGGAGCGUUUGAGGGAAAGGAGGAAGUUUGGGGGGUUUUUUUUAGAAUAAAAAGUUAGCAUUCCAUUUUUGCAGUUACACAAUACGGAUAAAAAGGAUUAAAGGACAGCUAGCCAGGAUGGGGUAUUUCAAAAAACAAACGUUUGUAUUUGACGAAGAGUUUCCUAAUUCAAAGCAGGAACCUCAAAUGCAACUUGGAAUGGUUUAAUGUUAACAAUUGAGCCGUUUAAAUUGGGAGUCGAAGGUGAGAUAAGAAUAUCAAGAAGCUGCAAGAUGAUGAAAUAUAAGGAAAAGCUAAGAGUGGGAGAUGAUGAACGUCAGUGUGUUAGGUGGAUCAUUUUGACCUGCAUGUUAUAUUCAUACAUGAAACAUGAGAAAUUGAUUAUGAUUCAGGCACUCUAUUUUUUAUUGUAUUUACAUUUUGUGCAUAUUUUUUUGUACUAUCACAAUGAGUUUGGGUUUACGAGUUUGGAAUCACAAAAAAAGUAGAUAUAUAUAAAUUCAGAUUUUCUUUUAUGCCGUUUCAAUUUUGACAACUGAGUAGAGCCACGGGAUAAAGUGACAACCUUCCGGUUAUUGUUAUCUUCCGACAUUCCAUGCAUGAGGGCCUGGCUAGGUUGAAUCCAAAAUAUUUUAAAAGAUCACGAGACGCUCAAGCGUCGUGAGAUGUGACGGAGUGACAGACGAAACGCUCGCUGUGGACUGCAGAUGAAAAUAUUUUUCCCACCACUUUUCAAAUGUGUCAUUCUGAUGAGCGCAAUAUAUAUUUGGUCGACGUGUUUUCACCCUGCAGAAUGUUGACUGUAUCCCAUAAAGAGAAAUUGAAAUUUGAAAACAUCUUCGCCAAAUCAUGUCGUGCCUAAUAUUGUCUUUGUGUGCAACGCUGAGAAGACGUUUAAUGUUGAUUCAGUUCGUGUACUUUUACGUCACAGCUUUUGGGUACGUUUCGAUGGUGUUGUGGCAUUUUAAUAAGAACAUUGAUACUGUUAUGUCUUUUGGGGGUGAUAUUUUGGUUUGCAUUUGUACAAUGGUAUGUCGAAUCUGUUAUGAACAUAUGUCUUGUUGUACUGUGAUGUUGUUUA